CCUUCCCGGGGAUUUCAGCUCCGGGGAUCGCCCAGCGCCCUGCGGGCACACUUUACAUUGUAAUCACUCCUCCGCCCCCACUCUCUGAAUUCCUUUCCGGCUGCCGACCCGCAGUGUAGUCCCUUCCAGGCGGCCUCAGCUUAUCAUCCCCCCCGGUCCGGCCACUUCCCGGCCGCGGCCAGGCGAGCCUCCCAAAGUUUCCUGUGACGCCGCCUCCAGCCCCAUCUCACCCCGGCACCCCAGGACACCGGCCAGGGAGGAGCAGGUUACCGAGGCGGGGAGAGCGGCACAGACGCGCAGACCUCGGGACUCCACCCGGGCUGGGGGGAGCGAGCCCAGAAGGCGGCGGCCGCAGCUCCGCGCCUCUACUCCCAGCGCCCGCAGCCUGGGCUAAGCGCGCGCCCACCCAGCCUAGGGCCCAAGUCCUGCCCCUUCGGGGCCGGGGCCAAUCGGCCGCUCCCCGCCUCCUGGGAGGUAGUGGAGGAGGGGGUUGGGGGCCGGGCGGCAGCGCCCGCCUUCCACUCUUGCCCAUUGGCUGAAGCCUCAAGGGUGCCCGGAGACCGGAGUACAGCUGGAUUGGUUGCAGAGGUUCGUGACAGUGGCGCCUAUUGGCUGUGGCAGCCCCCGUGACGCGGGGUGGUGACUGGCUCCGGAGUCUGAGGGGCUCGGGCUUGUCAGGUUCUAGCUCAUGUUUUUUGGCUAGACCUAUGAUCAUUUUAACUAGACUUCACCGGACGUUUUCUCAAGUGUCUUCUUCGUCCCUAAUGUGUGACAUCUCAACAUGGAGUCGCUACUUUACCUAAGGCAUGACCAGCAAUGAACAGUAGUAAGAUAUGUGCUGAUUAGAAGGCUCGCUUGUGCAGUGUGGAGGAUAACCAGUGCCUUACAAAAAUGGGGUUUGGGAGUGACCUGAAGAAUUCACAUGAAGCAGUGUUAAAAUUGCAAGACUGUGAAUUACGGUUACUGGAAACAGUAAAGAAAUUUAUGGCCCUGAGAAUAAAAAGUGACAAAGAAUAUGCAUCUACUUUACAGAACCUUUGUAAUCAAGUUGAUAAGGAAAGUACUGUCCAAAUGAAUUAUGUCAGCAAUAUGUCCAAGGUUACAAAAACAGAAUUGGAGAAAUUAAAAUCCAGCUAUAGACAAUUAAUAAAAGAAAUGAAUUCUGCCAAAGAGAAAUAUAAGGAAGCUUUAGCUAAAGGGAAGGAAACUGAAAAGGCCAAGGAACGAUAUGACAAAGCCACAAUGAAACUUCAUAUGUUGCACAAUCAGUAUGUAUUGGCAUUGAAAGGGGCACAGCUCCAUCAGAAUCAGUAUUAUGAUAUCACACUUCCCCUGCUUCUGGAUUCUUUACAAAAGAUGCAAGAAGAAAUGAUAAAAGCACUGAAAGGUAUAUUUGAUGAAUACAGCCAGAUAACUAGUCUUGUCACAGAGGAAAUAGUGAACGUCCAUAAAGAAAUUCAAAUGUCGGUUGAACAGAUAGAUCCUAGUACAGAAUAUAAUAAUUUCAUAGAUGUUCACAGAACAACAGCUGCUAAAGAACAAGAACUAGAGUUUGAUACUUCUUUAUUGGAAGAAAAUGAAAAUCUUCAGGCAAAUGAGAUAAUGUGGAAUAAUUUAACAGCAGAGAGUUUGCAAGGAAUGUUGAAAACAAUAGCAGAAGAACUUAUGCAGACACAGCAGAUGCUUUUAAACAAGGAGGAGGCUGUUUUGGAGUUAGAGAAAAGAAUUGAAGAAUCUUCUGAGACUUGUGAGAAGAAGUCUGAUAUUGUGCUUUUGCUAAGCCAAAAACAGACACUUGAAGAACUGAAACAGUCAGUCCAGCAGCUGAGAUGCACUGAAGCAAAGUUUUCAGCACAGAAGGAAUUACUAGAGCAAAAAGUGCAAGAAAAUGAUGGGAAAGAACCGCCUCCAGUAGUCAAUUAUGAAGAAGAUGCACGAUCAGUUACAUCUAUGGAAAGAAAGGAGAGGCUAUCCAAAUUUGAAUCUAUUCGUCAUUCAAUUGCUGGAAUAAUUAGGUCUCCAAAAUCAGCACUGGGCUCUUCGGCAUUUUCUGAUAUGAUCUGCAACAGUGAGAAGCCUCUGGCAGAACAGGACUGGUACCAUGGUGCAAUUCCCAGAAUAGAAGCUCAAGAACUGUUAAAACAACAAGGAGACUUCUUGGUGCGAGAGAGUCAUGGGAAACCUGGUGAAUAUGUCCUUUCUGUAUAUUCUGAUGGACAGAGGAGACAUUUUAUCAUACAAUAUGUUGAUAACAUGUAUCGAUUUGAGGGCACUGGGUUUUCAAACAUUCCUCAACUUAUAGAUCAUCACUAUACAACGAAACAGGUCAUCACUAAGAAAUCGGGUGUAGUUCUGUUGAAUCCUAUUCCUAAGGACAAGAAAUGGAUUCUCAAUCAUGAAGAUGUCACAUUGGGAGAAUUACUGGGCAAGGGAAAUUUUGGUGAAGUAUAUAAGGGCACGUUAAAGGAUAAAACUGCUGUUGCUGUUAAAACAUGCAAAGAAGAUCUUCCUCAGGAACUGAAAAUAAAAUUUUUACAAGAAGCCAAAAUUCUCAAGCAGUAUGAUCAUCCCAAUAUUGUCAAACUUAUAGGAGUUUGCACACAAAGACAGCCUGUCUACAUCAUUAUGGAACUAGUUUCAGGAGGUGAUUUCCUCUCCUUUCUGAGAAAGAAGAAGGAUGAACUAAAACUCAAACAGUUAGUGAAAUUUUCACUAGAUGCUGCUUCUGGUAUGUCCUAUCUUGAGAGUAAAAACUGUAUACACAGGGAUCUUGCUGCAAGAAACUGCCUGGUGGGUGUAAAUAAUGUUCUGAAAAUAGGUGACUUUGGAAUGUCUCGUCAAGAGGAUGGUGGAGUGUAUUCAUCUUCUGGCUUAAAGCAGAUUCCCAUUAAAUGGACAGCACCAGAAGCUCUUAAUUAUGGGAGAUACAGUUCAGAGAGUGACGUGUGGAGCUUUGGCAUCCUUCUCUGGGAGACCUUCAGCUUAGGGGUUUGUCCGUACCCUGGACUGACAAAUCAGCAAGCAAGAGAGCAAGUAGAAAGAGGAUACCGGAUGUCAGCUCCCCAGCACUGUCCAGAGGAUAUUUCUAAAAUCAUGAUGAAGUGUUGGGAUUAUAAACCUGAAAACCGCCCUAAGUUCAGUGAACUUCAGAAAGAGCUCGUUAUCAUCGAAAGAAAAAUCACAUAGUGACAGGAUGGCGCCAAACUCAGCCUUCUGAACUCUGUCCUCCAGCAGAGUAACAUUAUUGUUCUCAUUAACAAUGAAUUUACCUUCAAUGGUCUUCUACCAUUAUUUUUUUUUAUUAACUGGGUUUUUAAAAAGUAUGUUUCACUUGUAAAAAUCAAAGGCAAAUUUAUUAAAGAAAUAGGCAGUCCUACCAAGGGCUUUCUUAGCUAACCAUAGCAAUCCUACCAUUUCAGGCCAUUGCAAAUAAUAGAAAAGCACAGGCUUCUAAGUGUGUGAAGGAUAAAAGAUAUUUUUCACACCUUAUUUCUACUUCAGGCCCAGUUUGUGGGCUGCCACCCUAUUCCACAGACCCUACUCAGUUGGUGCUAUAAACAGCAUUGGUAAUGCCAUGUUUGCAGGACAUGUUCCAACCACAGUUGGCUUUCUCCUCUGCCAAGGCAAGAUUAUAUUUGUAAACAGAAUUUUAUAUUGGGAAUUAUUUGGACCUCCUGGGGUUUUUCUUUUCUUUCUUGUUAGGUAUAAGCCCAAUGUAAGAAACAUCAUGUAUCUACAUUUUUUGUAAGGUUGUCAUUUUCCUCCACCUUUGUCUGGGUAUCAGAAAACAAUACACAUAGGCUGGGCAUGGAGGCUCAAUGCCUGUAAUCCCAGCACUUUGGGAGGCAGAGGUGGGUUUGAGACCAGCCUGGCAACAUGGUGAAACCCCAUGUCUACUGAAAAAAAAAAAAAAAAAAAAAAAAACCCGCAAUGCAAGAAACGUUAUCAAAGAGCACCCUAUUAGAGUUGAGGCAGUUACUUUUCAAGGAUGUUAUAGAGAGCUGUGAAGCAAGAAACAAGUUUAUACAGGAGGGUGGGCUGGAGAAAAGGGCAGCUAGAAUGACAAAGUAAAGAAGAAAGGGAAAAUAUAAACCUUAUCAGAGUUAUGCUUUUAAAAACACAUUCUAUUUAAUAGUCUAAAUUUACCAAAAAGGUCCUAAGAAGUGUUUUAGGAAUUCAUAGACUCCUAAUGGUAACAAAAAUUUUAGAGGAAACUGUAAAGCACAGAUCCACAGAAAUAAGAGCAUACUUUUGGUUAAACAUCUUCACCUUAGAGGGGCCAUUCCAAAAUGCAAUUUCCUUCAUUUGUACCAGUUUUUAGAGCUAUCAGAAUUUCAUGAUUCUAGUUCAUCAACACAUUCAUGUGUGUAUGCGCACACACACUACCAAGGUACAAGACAGAUGUGAAUGAAGUAGACAGUCUAGAAGUCAGGUGAAUAUUAAUGAGGAAGAUGAUGACAUAGGGUCAGCCCUCCCAUUUCUAAUUCCCGUAUACUGCCCCCUGGACAUUCAUCUUAGCUGACAGGUAUGCGAGCAUAGUGCUGAAGAUGUCUCAUGUGGAUAAAAUGUAACUCAGUUAAAAGUAGGAUUCUGCAUCUUAACUGUUAUCUAGGGAACUUACCCCACGAUCUGUAUAUAGUUGCCUCUCAGGAUAAAUACGUAUAUAGAAGAUGGUCACGCUCAGGGCUAAAUAUGUUCUGGAAGCCUUUUAUAAGUUCUCAGGCCUGUGACCAGAUAAACAUCACCUUAGUGAUUAUUUGGUCUGCAUUCAUUGGAAGAGCUUAGGGAUAGAAAAUUCCUCCUGCCCUUUCUUAGCUGUUUGCUGCCUAUACCAUUGCACAGAACUCACACUAUACUUUAAAGAGUAUCAAAGACAAUACUGAAGAGAAAAGUAACUUGUAUCUAUCAAUCAUUUCAAUCUUCUUGCAGAUUUCAUACAUAUUUAACGAUUAGUACAUUCAGACUUAAAGGGAACUUUCUUUUGAUGGUGCAUACUAUGGUAAAUCAAAGCACAAACUUACAUAUUAAGUGCUAUGGUAUAUUCAGGCACUUGCCAGCCUUCAAAAGUAAGAAUAAAAUGGGAUAUUCCUACCGUUUUUUUUCAGUAUUUCUAAGUGAAUCUCUGUUUGUAAUAUUCUUUGUCUGUUUAAAGAAAACAGCCUGCCAUCACAUAAUGGCUUCAUGCUAAGCUCUCAGCAAGGAGAGAGAAGGAUGGUUUUGGCUUCAGUUUUAUAAACAAGACCUAAAGCUUAAUCCUUGCAUUCUGGCAUAAAGAAUGAACACAGCAUUGAUAUUUCACUCAUCCAGUCUGUUAGAAUUUGCAAUUCACAUCAUUACCCUGUGCUUAAAUUUAAAAAGCUUUUCAACACAUCAUGACAUGUAGCAUUUAAAUUCCAUUUUAUUCUUUGUCCAAAAGCAGGCAGUGGCAUAGUUCAAGAUUAGUAACUCCGUAGAGUCUCUCAGGAUCCUCUCAGUCAUAUAGAAUAUUAAAUUUAAUAUAGGCACAUACAUUAAGAAGAACUUAUACAAACAGUUUUUCACUGUUAAUUUUGUUGUGCUUGAAGCAUAAUUUAUUCAUCCCUUCUGUCACUGAUAAUUAAUGGAAUUAUGUACUGUAGGAAGCUAAUCCAUGCCCAAGAAACACACAUAUACUGUUCUGAAUGUACAAGUUGAUGUAGGGAAAGGAAGCUUCAGAAAUGUACACAAUCCUAUGAUUUGUUCAGUAAGAAAAGAAUUGUAACCAAAAUUUCUUCAGGUCUGGAUGUAAUUAGUCCAGUCACAAAUCUUUGUGUUAAUGGAUUAUACAGGAUAUAUAUAUUAUACAGGAUAUAUAUAUAUCUUCUAUAAUCUAUUCACACACACACACACACACACACACACACACACACAUAACUACUGCAUAGUUCCUCUCAUAAGUCCUUCAGUUUAUUAAAAUGGGGGGAAGUAAACACAGUAGUCUCUCUCUCACUGGUGUCUUUCUACCUUGAAUCACUAAGGCCUUUAUGCAAAAAUUUAGGUUGUCCAUCAUUUUACAAGGAAAGAAAUUUUUCAACGAUUAACAUUUAUUACCCACAUGUGAAACCUAAAUGAAUUUUGUAUUCCAUGUAAUCUAAGGUUACUUCCCAAAGCCAACAUACUCUUUCUCUUCCAGGAAAAUGAUAAUAAAAUUGACAGGCUUUGUAUAACUUUCAGAAACUGAAGCUUUAUUUCAGCCCAUCCUGCCACGAGGUCUCCAGUGAAAGGUCUCCUGUAAUUGUUUCUCUUUUAUCUCCCAAAUUUAAUGUAGGCAAUAAAAUUCUCCUUCCAUAAUUCACAUACAAUAUUACUGAAACAUCUUAUUAGCAGAUAAGUGUAGACCAAGAGCCUAAUUUGUUGGGUAUUUUCAGUGCACAUUUCACAGUUGUUUUUCACUUUAAGAUCAUUUUGAAAAGAAAACAAAAUGCUUUGUCAUUGAAAUCGUUUUAAUUUCCUUUAAACCAUAAUUUGGUUUUUCUAUCUAUAUUAUAUUCAUUUCAGUUUUCCCAAAUAAUUUUUAUGAAGUUUGGUUAGUACCACAAAAUAAUUAGGGCCUCACAAUACUAGUGUUAGAUUAUGUCAAGAGGACAGUGUUUUAGUUUCAACAUAUGCCACCCACUGAGGACCUUGUAAUGGGAUAAAAAUUAAAAUGCAACAAUCCAAAUAAAUUAUGAUGUAACAAUACAGAUAUCUGAAUCAUAAGUCACUGUUGUUCAGGGUUACUUCAGUCAUACCACUUUAUAAUUAAUUCUUGUGAGUCAUCAGAUUUGUAAGAGUGUACCUGAAAACCUUACUUAGUAUACUUACGGCCACGUAUCUUUUGAAGAUUGAUAUUUUCUGAAAAAGGGUUGUUUGCCUCAGCCCUCUUCUUUUUACAUGUACUCCCUUUAUUAUUAUUUUAGCUGUUUCUUAUCAACAAAAUUGGCUGCCCAUAGUUAGUGCUGUGAGUCAUGGAAACACUUGCUUUUGCAUUUAGGAGGUCAGAGCCUCCCACAAAACAAAGAAUGGUGCAAAAUAAGAGCAGCAGAGACCGACAAUUGGGAAAGACAUGUUUUCUUUAGGUAUUCAUAUCUUAACUAAAUGGGAUCAAAUUAUAUAUGAAAAUGAAUUUAUAUUACAUUUCCAUUAUACUAAGUUAGUUGUGAAAGUUUACCAAAAUAAAGUGUUACUUCUUUUAUGACUAACUCUGAUUUGCUUAUACAUAUCAGAAUGUUCAUUAAACAUUUUAAUUUCAUUUAUUUUUCUAUGUUUUGAUUAGUUUCAUAUCAAGUCUGAAUACUGUAUAUUUUGGAAGAAUCCAAAACCACAUAUUUAUUUCUGCAAAAGAAGAUACUCUGAUUUUAAAAGUCAGGAUUUCAUGUACCAAGAAUGACCUACCUGAAGGAGAUUUUAUUACACUCCUAGAGUCCCAAAACUUCUCCUUUAAAAAAUAAUGCUGUCCUACAGAGGUGUAUAAACUAUAUGCCUUAGCCAUAAUUUAAGGACAUAUUUAGUACCCCAUUAAAAACCAUCCUCUGCCUUAUACUGAUUCAGAGAUUAAAUUUCAAACUAUUUAGUGUAGGCAUUAGCAAUCAGCCACCUAAUAAGGACUGACAUUCUUGGGUGGCAUAAAAAUCCUGGUGUGCUAGAUUCUUAAUCACUUUAAACUACAUAGAAGUAGUAAGCAUAGACUUCAGUAUAUUUGUUAAUAAGGUGCUGAGGCAAGCAAAUUCAAAUGCAAAAGAGGGAGGAACCAGUUAUUCCAAGGCAGAGUGAUGCACCCCACACAGUGUGAAUUAAAGUGAAACAAAAACUUGGACAAUGUCUUAGGAAGCCUGAGGAGAACAUACUACAAGGCCUCAUCCUGUCCUAUGGAAAAUAAAAAAGAUAGCAGAGCUAAAGCAAAAGUAGUCAUGCAGUGUGUGGGCCUUAGCAAGAGAGCAAACCAAAUACCUCUCUUUGUGUUAGGAACAGUGUGAUAUUCCCAGCUCAGAGAUGACUGUGUGCUGAGCAGUGCUUAUAUUUAUUAUUUUCCCAACUAAUGGAUUUGGUCAUAUGUAUUCCAGUUUUUCAGAGACUACCCAAAGCCUCUUUACAUUUGCAUUGGUUAUAUUUAAUAUUUCUUAAACUAAGAUCACUGAUUAUUAGAAAUCUUUGGUUACAGUGAGGCUUAACCUGGGCUAAAGUCUCCUAAAUGAGAGCACACUUAGAUCAGCCCUUUUCACCUUUGGACUAAUAUUAACUAAAUGGCUCCUAGAGUUACCCCACAGAGGAAGCUUAUUGUGAUGAGCGCCACUGUGGGGAAACAUAGUAUUCAGCAGAGAAAUGGAAGAAUACAAGUAGCAAUGUUCCUUGUCUUUAGUAACAUUUGAGGGAAGGUAAUUGAAGCCCUGAAGCUUCUCAGGGUGCAGCUAAAGUAAGACGAAAAUUCAGAGAAAGAGACAUCCAGAGAGGAAGGUUGAAUGGAAAUGAAGGGCAGUAACAAAGCACCAUGUAAAAUGACUCAAAGCCAACAAUAAAUGCAAUGGCAAUAAGGGAAACUAUCCCUCACAAAGGAUCUGAGGAGCUUCCUGCUGUGUGUUAUUAAAUAGUACAUGCCUCUCAAGUCUCUACGACACUUUUUUAAAGGACAUUGAAUUGAACAUUCGUUUAAUUUUCCCUUUGCUCCCUAUAAUCUUGAGAGGUAACUACCAUUAUUGAAUGAGAAUUACCCUUGCUCUGUUUUUCUGUGAGGUGGCUCACACAAUGGUGGUUCAGCCCUCUCCCUAAGCAGUGGCAAGCUGAGUAAUGGAACACAUAUGUCUAGGAUAGCCAGCAUUCAAGAAAAUUGCUGUGAACACUUUAUUUUAAUAAAGAACAAAGUUCUUGCAGGUUUGUGACACAAAGACAGAUUUAGCUUCCCUCUUGUCAGCAAAUUUGUAAGAAUCUCAAAACAAGUGAAUAUUUGGGAUUCACUCUAAGGGAUUCAAAUCCUGAAUUUCUAAACUAUCUUCUCAAAUAUUAUAAUUGAGGCCAGCAAGAUGCAAGUUUUCUACCAAGUAACAAACUGUUCUACGUAAUAGUGUUGAUGCUGGAAGUGGAAUGUUAUGUUUUCCCUUAGCUGUAUUCAUUCAGGAAGUUCUUGAACGUCUACUACAUGAGGUGUGUGUUGGUGGGGGAAUAGUACCAGGUGCUAGUUUUUCCAGUGUUUGUUUUUGACUUCUGAUUAGUAUUUCCUUUUCUCAUCUUUAGUUUCUCAAGAUUCUACUUUACCAAAAUAGUAAAGCCUUUAUCAUCAGCUUAUAUUGAAUAAUGUCAUAAUUGGCCUCAACCAAAAAGUUUCUCCUCAGGUGCUUGGGAGGGGUGGGGGUGCUGCCUUCUAAGGAACUCCCAGGCACCUACUUAGCAAAGCCAGCUACACACACAGUAUGCAAGAAGCCCCAUGAUGGAUGCAGGUUAGAAUACAAAGACCUGGUUGGAAUCCUAGAUGUGGAGACAGGAUGAUCACGUGGCACUUGUUAGAUGAGUAACACUACCAGCAGAAGCUCCUGGGAAAUUUUCUCAAUGCAGCAAGAUUUCUGUGAGUAGAGGUAUCGUGGAAGGCAGUCUAUUGACUUGACCAAGUAAGCUGAUCAGGUGCCCUCCUCUACCUGCUAAAGAAGUAUGAAAACGCUAGCAAUAAUUGCUUUAUCUUAAAUUCCUGGACAUACUCAAUUCUUCCAUUCCACUGUUCGACUCCCAGUACCUUUUAUUGUUUUCUUCGCACUCUUCUUGUUUAGCAAAAGUCUCAAAGUAUUUCAAUUGUGUAAUGUUAAAGGGUUCUUUACAUAGCUUCAGAAAACAGGGCAGCAAAUAUGAAGCCUUAAAUUCAAAACAAGCCAUUCUACCUAGAUAUACAGACCCCAGAGCACCACUGCAUGAAGGUAUCUCUACUCUACAGUUCCCCAAAGCAGUAUUCUUCCUGAAAUGCCAAACAUCACACUAUUUUCCUAUUUGCUAAGAAUCGGAAUAAGCAUUUUCUAAAUGCUAUCCAAAGCAGGUUCUAAAAUGACACAGUAAAAAGCCGGAUUUAAACUGUAACCAAAGUAGACAAUAGAAAUACCACUUUACCCCUUUGUCAUUGGUUAGAAUACACUUGCAAAAGCUGUAACGACUUAAGCAGUUUGUCUGAUCCCAGAAGAUCAUACCUUCUUUGGAAAGCACAGGACAGAUAUCAGUGAGAAACAGUGUUCUGAGCAACACACAAUAAAUUUAAGAGGCCAUAAAAAAUAAAUCUCCAUUCAUACAAGGGAGCAGCAAAAACCUGAACAGGAACAAAAAACUGUGAUAGUCCAAACUCCUUUUUCAUAUAGCUCUUGUCAAAUGGUAUAACCUUGGGGUCUUCUUUGAAUUGCCUGGACAAUAUUUAUGAAACUAAAAACUAAAUUCCCCCCAGUGGGGGAGGGGGGGAUCAGAUCUCUAACCUGGAUUCAAAGCCUUAGAGGCCAAGAGGGAAUCUGGAAUCUGGCAUCACUGAGAUCCUAGGUAAAAACCAACCUGACAGUGUUUUGUAGCUCACUGGUUCCUGCUUUUAUUUUUAAGCCCAAAAGAAAAAAGAAACACACCCUCUUAUGUAAGAAUUUCCCUUUUACAAAUAAUUUGACUUGUUAGACAUAAACUUGCCUGCCUGCUCUUAAAUGCCAGAUUGUUGCAAGCAAAUGCAGAGGGAAAGGUUACCAGAACCAUGCUUAAUAGGACUUUGAAUAUUUUCUCUUUACCUAAAGUAUGUUGCUUAUAUUUAGACUUUAAGAUGCUGUGGAGCCCUAUCCCAUGCCAGGCCAGUUUGAAUUGCUUUCCUUCAAUAACAAUCAGAAGACCAGUCCAACAGAAGUGAGCUUGUCAUAAUUGCACCUUAGAUUCUAGACCUCUCAUACCUGCAGCAUACAGAAUAUGUACAUAUUCAAGUGGAAUUCACUAUUUUUGGCUUUAGUGUCAAAGGGAUUGAUUCUAAAAGGUUCAUCUAAUUUUAUAAUCCUAUGAUUCUAAAUUCAAUCCCCAAUAUAGAUUCUAAGCAUCACAUCAAAUCAAAAUCAAAGGGAAAAGGAAACUGGUCGAGAGAGGUCUCGGUUAUUUCAAAGCCAUGACCACAGUGGCCAAAGACGUGAAACUCUUAACACCAGCUGAGCAUUUCACUGUACAAAAUGUCAGUUACCUAGUUCCAUCCUGUGACAUGAUCAGACUGUCAAUGUGGACCAGUGGCCAGGAGCUUAUUCAGGGACCAUUUGGGUUCAUCACUCUUCACAGAGCAUUGAGGUUUCCCACUGAAACAGCUUCUUUAGUCAGACACCAACAGAUUUUACAUAAAUUUGCAUUUAGAUGUAUUAACUUGGAUGGCAUAAUUGAGCAUCUGAGUGAAUAUAGUAGGGGUUGGUGGUGGUACAAAUUAUGCUGGCUUUAUGUUACCAUUUUGUGUUUUUUCAUGGUUUUGUGUGUCUGGCAAGUGCCCUAAAAGAUUGGAACACUCUAAAGUCAUAGACAUACAACCAUAUGAGAAAGCCGAGAUGAAAAAAACAGAAGAAUAAAAUCAAAUUGUCAAGAUUCCAGCAACAGCCCUGACUUCUUCAGGAACCCAAGCAAAUUGAAAGCCAAGACAAAAUGUACAAAUGGUGCCCAUACCAUGACAGUGAGUGGUGGUGGAAAUGCUCUAGGGCUCUCAUAGUGAGUGGUGGUGGAAAUGUGAUUUUUCUGAGUUGCUUUUUCCCCUUUAAUAGAUGAGUUUGAGAUGAUGGAGUAGGAGUGGGACUCUCAGGCACUUCUGGUAAAGACGUUCCACUGCAAGCAGCAUUUUGAGCAAGCACUGCUGUGGCUUGCCAAUUUAGGGUCCAUUGAAUGUCAGGCUAAAGCACCUCUAAUCAUUUUUGUUGUUUUAAGAUUAUAUAUUUGUGAAGUGGAUAAACACUGGAAAUAGGGUGCUUCUUCUGGAAAGUUCAGUGUAAAACACAAACAAGGCUUUGGCUAGUGUAUCUGGCUUUAUAAACAAGUCUGAAAAUGAAUGAGAGCUAAGUAUGUAAAAUGGUUGUGUCUAUCUCAUCAUUUUAACUCAGAUCUGUAUUUAACACUUAUUUAUUUGUAGUUUUUACAUCCAGAAGAAAUACACUUUGAACUUUGGCUAACAUUGUAGGAUUUUUAAAAUUUGUUUCUACAUUUUUAAAGCAUGAUUUCAUCAUUUUUGUAAACUGAGAUCAUUUUUUAAUUGCCUGUUCUUUUCCAAUAGACCAGUUACCCAUAUGUCUGCAGAACCUCUUUAUUGUAUUCUUAUAAUAAAUGUAAAAUAUUUGUAGCAAA